UCAAAAUCAUCAAAAGCUCACUCUCCUUAUAUUGAUCACCAUGGUUCUUCACAAAGCUUCAAGUGUUGUUUUCUUGGUGUUACUAGGUUUGGGCAUUUGUGCUGCGACUAGAGCUCUCUUGACUAUAGAAGAGAGCAUUCCUUACACUCAUGGUGGUUUAGCAGGAGGUGGUGGUGGUGGAGGGGGUAGUGGCGGUGGAGGUGGUGGUGGUAUUGGGGCAGAAGGAGGACAUGGUGCUGGAUAUGGAGGUGGAGGUGGAGCUGGAAAAGGUGGUGGUGCGGGGUAUGGUGGUGGAGCAGCAGGAGGUGGAGGUGGAGGUGGUGGUAUUGGAGGAGGUGGUGGAGGAGGAGGAGGAGAGGCAGGUGUAGGUGCAGGUUAUGGAGGAGGAGAAGGAGGUGGGAGUGGUGGUGGACAUGGUGGUGGAGCACUUGGAGGUGGAGGUGGAGGUGGUGGUACCGGAGGAGGUGGUGGUGGAGGAGUUGGAGAACACGGUGGGGGUUAUGGUGGGGGAGAAGGAGGAGGGAUUGGUGGUGGACAUGGUGGUGGAGCACUUGGAGGUGGAGGUGGAGGUGGUGGUACCGGAGGAGGUGGUGGUGGAGGAGUUGGAGAACACGGUGGGGGUUAUGGUGGGGGAGAAGGAGGAGGGAUUGGUGGUGGACAUGGCGGUGGAGCACUCGGAGGUGGAGGUGGAGGUGGUGGUACCGGAGGAGGUGGUGGUGGAGGAGUUGGAGAACACGGUGGGGGUUAUGGUGGGGGAGAAGGAGGAGGGAUUGGUGGUGGACAUGGCGGUGGAGCACUCGGAGGUGGAGGUGGAGGUGGUGGUACCGGAGGAGGUGGUGGUGGAGGAGUUGGAGAACAAGGUGGGGGUUAUGGUGGAGGAGAAGGAGGAGGGAUUGGUGGUGGGUAUGGCGGUGGAGCACUCGGAGGUGGAGGUGGAGGUGGUGGUACAGGAGGUGGUGGUGGUGGAGGAGCUGGAGCACACGGUGGGGGUUAUGGUGGAGGAGAAGGAGGUGGGAAUGGCGGUGGAUAUGGUGGAGCUGCAGGAGGAGUUGGUGGUGGAGGUGGAGGCGGCCAUGGUGGUGGUGGCGGAGGAGGAGCUGGCAUAGGAGGAGCAGGAGGAAGUGGAUAUGGUAGUGGAGGCGGAGCUGGAGGGGGUGCCGGGGGAUCGUAUGGUGGAUACGGUGGUGGAGGUGGUUCAGGAGGAGGAGGAGGCGGUGGUAGUGCAGGAGGUGAGCAUGGAGCAGCAGGUGGAUAUGGAGGUGGUAGUGGGAGUGGAGAAGGCGGUGGUCAUGGUGGCUAUAUUCCUUAAGAAUGUCCAAAACGGACAAUGAUCUGUUUUCCUGUACAAUAAGAAAUUAAGCAGAUGCAUGCAAACAUAAGCUGCAUCAAGAUGUAAUCUUAUAAGUCAUUCAACGUGUGUUUAUGAAUUUUAUUA